AAAAGCCCCCUACCCUUGCGACGCUCUGAAACUCAGACCGGCGCAGGCGCUCCCCUGCCAUGGCCAAUGAUAUCAAUCCCUCCAGCACAGCUUUUAUUCUCAUUUGCACAGCCCUGGUUCAGCUGAUGACGCCUGGACUGGCAUUUUUCUACGGUGGUUUGGUGAAGGAUACGAGUGUAUUGACCAUGAUGAUGCAGUGCUUUAUCUCGAUGGGUGUUUCCAGCAUCUUUUGGUUUCUCUUUGGUUUUUCCCUCUGUUUCGCAGAGACCUGGGGAUUUGUGGGAAAUCCUUGGACGUAUAUGGCCUUGAGGGACUUGAAUGUCAAGGAGGCGCUUCCUGAACAAGAAAUCCCUGGCGCUCUCUUCAUGGUGUACCAGGGCAUGUUUGCGGUGAUCACCCCAGCCCUGAUGACGGGGGCCUUUGCAGACCGCUUUCGAUUCAAACCCUAUUUGUUUUUUAUUGUGCUUUGGCUUUUGUUGGUGUACUGCCCCUGGUGCCAUUGGCUCUGGGGCGGUGGCUUCCUAGCACGCUGGGGCGCGCGUGACUUCGCCGGAGGCAUUGUGGUGCAUGUCACUGCAGGAUUUGGCGCGUUGGCAAGCCUUUUUGUGGUAGGCCGCCGAGAGAUCCCAGAGAAUGAGAAAGACCACCACAAGAAGCCGCACAACGUGCCCUUCGUGGCAUUGGGCACGGCACUGCUGUGGUUCGGCUGGUUCGGCUUCAACCCAGGCUCGGCGCUGGACGUGCGCAACGGCCAGGCCGUGGCUGCGGCGGUGAACUCGGAGAUCGCGGCGUCCAUGUCCACCUUUCUGUGGCUGAUGAUCGAAUGGAUCCGUCUGGGUCGUCCCACCCUGGUGGGUCUCUGUGUGGGCGCCAUCGCCGGGCUCGCGACCAUCACGCCGGCCGCCGGUUUCAUCGAACCCAGCGGGGCGAUGGUCUACGGCUUAGUGGCCACCUUCUUUUGCUACGCCUGCUGCGAGCUGAUCAAACUUUUGGGUUUAGACGAUGCCUUGGACGUCUGGGGCGUGCAUGGUAUGGGUGGAUGGAUUGGAUCCAUCCUGCUGGGCGUUUUCGCUGACAAGCUGGAGUGUGAAGACUUGGCUUCCGCACCCUCCACGUGUUUGAACCCGGGAGCACCGCCAUAUGCGUCCUGGAAACAGCUAGGCAUCCAGACUGUGGCCACAGUCUUCUGCAGUGUCUAUUCAAUGGUAGUCACCUAUAUCCUGUUGAAGGCGAUUAGCCUGUGCAUGCCGCUGAAGCCAGAGUCGCUCCAUGUGGAUUUGCAUGAACAGCACGAGGAGGCUUACCACAGUCCUACGCGAACCUACCACCACAACGUGCACAAGAAGCACGGCAGUGAGGAAAGCCUCGAAACAUCUUCGGCCUCGGAAUCGGACUUGGCCUAGGUCGACUAGGUCGAAGGUAGAAGCCGCAAAGAUGGGACGGGGUGGGAUGCU